AUGCUAGCAGACGAUGACCCUCGAAGCAAAUACAAUUUGAGCAUUAGCUCUAACGACACCUAUAGCUUACUGGAACACACGAAACUAAUAUCAUUACUCAAACACAAUGGAACUAAUCAGAGCGACAAUAUCGGAGAGUUCCUGAGAGCAUUGGAGAAUUUGAGGAGCAAAUUCAAUAUAUCCGUUGUGAAGGAGUGCGAUAGGUCGCACUACUGCUCCGGCGAGUUCCGAGAUUUGAUACUCGCUUAUAACAGUAUACAUGGAUACGUUAGUCUAUUGAUAUGUUUAUUCGGUAGCUUAGCAAAUGCACUGAACGUUGCGGUAUUAACAAGACGAGACCUCGCUGGUGCUCCAAUAAAUCGUCUCUUGAAAUGGCUGGCGGUAGCUGAUGUCUUCGUCAUGUUAGAGUAUGUCCCCUUCGCUAUAUACCGAUAUUUGCUGUUCCCAGGUCAAGAGGACCGUCCAUACUCCUGGGCUGUGUAUAUGCUGUUUCACAUGCAUUUUACGCAAAUAUUACAUACAGCUUCUAUAUUAUUGACACUUUCACUGGCCAUCUGGCGAUAUAUAGCCAUAAAAUAUCCGUCCUAUGGGCCAUCCUUAUGCACCGAUCGAAGAUGCUCCAUAGCCAUUGCGAUUAGCUUUCUUCUACCUCCAAUUCUCUGCAUUCCAUCCUAUUUCGUGUUCACCAUCCAUCAAGACUACGCAAUAGAUCAUCGGCCGUCGAAAGUUUUCUUCGUCGACUCCAAUUACGACGGUCGCCUUUACCAAACCAACUUUUGGGUACACGCUGUAGUUAUCAAACUUCUACCAUGCGUCAUCCUGACGGUCAUAAGUGCUUGGCUCAUCCGGGUUCUGUACAGAGCGAAUAGUAGAAAGAGAGCUCUGAAAGGUUACAAUGCCUGUCCAGCACCAACGGUUGUCAAUGGCAACGGGAAUAUCUUCACGAGAAAGUCGACGAAGCGGUCGAAAGCUGAGCGACGGACAGACAGAACGACGAAGAUGCUCGUCGCUGUGCUCCUAUUGUUUUUGCUGACUGAGUUUCCGCAAGGAAUUCUAGGUCUCAUGAGUGGUACACUAGGACGUUGUUUCUUCAAACAGUGUUACGAUCUUUUCGGCGAACUUAUGGACGCUUUGGCUCUAUUGAACGGAGCCAUCAACUUCAUACUUUACUGCUCCAUGUCCAAACAGUUCAGGACGACGUUCAGGCAAAUAAUAAGGGCCCGCUGCACACCAACGCCGAGGGCUUCCAACUCGCACACCGAACUGCAGACUACUUAUGUGUGA